AUGAAGGGCUGUAUACAGUGUUUAAGAGUCAUACUAGUAGUUUUCAACUUCCUGGUUGUGCUUAUUGGGUUGGCAGUUUUGGGCUUUUCUGUUUACAUCUACCUGGAACCAGAGGCGCAGGACAUCAUACUUGCGUCGGGACAGCAACAUGCGGUACAAAUCAUGUUAUAUGCUCUUAUGGGUAUCGGUGGAAUUACUUUAGUAAUAGCGUUGUUUGGCUGUUGUGGUGCUUACCAUGAAUCGCAGUGUCUUUUGGGAACAUAUUUCACUAUCCUUAUAGUGAUCUUUGCAACUCAAGUAACAGGAGCCACAUUGGGUUAUUUAUACAGAGAGGAGAUUAUGAAAUAUGUCGAUGAUCGUAUGAGAGAAGGUAUUGAAGAGUAUUCAAUGCUACGUGAUCAACGUGAAAAUCCCGUACCGUUUAUGGAUUCAAUCCAACGUAUGUUGCGCUGUUGUGGUGUCAAUGGUUACGAAGAUUACCGUGAAAGUAUACCCAUUGCAUGUUGUGAUCAUCAUGUAAGCACAUGUCUAAAUGCAUUACUGUCACCCGAAGAAGUUUAUAAAGAAGGUUGCAAAGAUAAAUAUAAAGUAAUGUUGAAAGAUAAAUUGGUCAUUAUAUUCCUUGCAACUGUUUCUAUUGCAGCUUUUGAAAUAUUUUGUCUUCUCUUCUCAAUGGUUAUGUGUUGCACAAUUCGACAAUAUCAUUCAGAUUAUUAUGGAGUCAAUUAUUCAAUUGCUACUUGA